UCUCACUCUCUCUCUCUCUCUGACACACACACACAAAUGCACUGACACUUGCGCUGCCAUUCUGUGUGUGUGUUGAAAUAGAAAGUGAGGGAGCAAGAAGGAAGAGAGAGAGAGAGAGAGAGAGAGUGAGUGAGUGUGGUGGGGCGAGCGUGCGCAUAUGCUCGUGCGUGCGCGCGCGCGUGUGUGCAGCAGCUACACUACAGCGGAGACGGAGGAGGGAAAAAAAAGGGAAUAAGAAAAUUCGAGGUAGCCGCCAUAUGCUGAGGAUUUGGUGAAUGUGUCGUUGAAGGGCUUGUUCGUUUGGACCUUACACGAUGGGGAGCUCACAUUUGCUAAACAAAGGCUUGCCUUUAGGCAUCAGGCCUCCUAUAAUGAACGGGCCCAUGCACCCUCGUCCUCUGGUGGCGCUGCUGGACGGCCGGGACUGCACUGUGGAGAUGCCCAUCCUGAAAGACGUGGCAACUGUGGCCUUUUGCGAUGCUCAGUCCACCCAGGAGAUCCACGAGAAGGUACUGAACGAGGCCGUUGGAGCGCUCAUGUACCACACCAUCACACUCAUGCGCGAGGACCUGGAGAAAUUCAAAGCACUUCGAAUCAUCGUCCGCAUUGGCAGCGGUUUCGACAAUAUCGACAUCAAAUCAGCUGGAGAAUUGGGCAUAGCUGUGUGUAACAUGCCCUCAGCUUCAGUGGAAGAGACAGCCGAUUCGACGCUGUGUCACAUCCUCAAUCUCUAUAGACGCACUACCUGGCUGCACCAGGCUCUCCGUGAGGGCACGCGGGUCCAGAGUGUGGAGCAAAUCCGUGAGGUCGCGUCUGGAGCCGCCCGCAUCCGAGGGGAAACUCUGGGGAUCAUCGGUCUCGGGCGUGUUGGUCAGGCUGUAGCUCUGAGAGCUAAAGCGUUUGGCUUUAAUGUGAUCUUUUAUGACCCGUACCUGUCUGAUGGCAUGGAGCGAGCGCUGGGACUGCAGAGAGUAAACACACUACAGGACUUACUUUUCCACUCUGACUGCGUCACACUCCACUGCAGCCUGAACGAACACAACCACCACCUCAUCAACGACUUCACUAUCAAACAGAUGCGUCAGGGUGCGUUCCUGGUGAACACUGCCCGAGGGGGACUGGUGGAUGAGAAAGCUCUGGCUCAGGCACUGAAAGAGGGUAGAAUACGCGGCGCAGCUCUCGACGUCCAUGAGACAGAGCCCUUUAGUUUCAGCCAGGGCCCUCUAAAAGAUGCCCCUAAUCUGAUCUGCACUCCUCACGCUGCCUGGUACAGCGAGCAGGCCUCCAUCGAGAUGAGAGAGGAAGCAGCUCGGGAGAUCCGCAGGGCCAUUACCGGUCGUAUUCCAGACAGCCUGAAGAACUGUGUGAAUAAGGAGUUUCUCACACAGACCACACACUGGGCGGGCAUGGACCCUGCCAUCCACCCAGAGCUCAACGGAGCCUACAGGUACCCUCCAGGUGUGGUGAGCCUGGCAUCCGGUGGUCUCCCACCACCAGUGGAAGGAAUCGUGCCAAGUGCCGUGCCGAUCAGCCACAGCCUUCCCCCUGUAGCACACCCGCCCCAUGCGCCAUCUCCAGGUCAGACGGGCAAAGCCGAGCCCGACCGAGAGCAGCACCCCAACGAGCAGUUGUAGCCACACACUCCUGAUCCAGAGUUUUCCGUACCACUAGAGAACUCUCCUGGUCCUUCUUUACCCCAAAGAAGAGGAGCGUCACAGGCUCGAAACCAGCCAAGAAAAAAAACCACAACAAACCGUGACUGUCUGAAGUAGCCAAUCGUUUGAACUGAAUGAAGGUGGUGGGUCGUGCUCGCUCUCGCUCUCACUUUCUCUCUUUUUUUUUUGGUGUGGAAACAAAAAAGAAAAUCUCGUGGAUUUGGAACAAAAAAACAACUCCCUAAAACAAAUCCUGCUGGUUUAGAUUGUAGUCUGUCUAAGUGCAGUGGGCGUUUUUUUUUUCUUUUUUUUUUUUUUCUUUUUUUCGGUUUCUUUCGUGUCCGAUGGGUUUCAUUGUUAAAAACAUCCGUAGUUCUGAAUGUAACCUGUUUAUGUACAGUUUUUAGGAUAUGAUCAGUGGUUUGUAGAAAAGAAAAAAAAGAAAAACAGCAUAAAGGGAGGUAACCAUCAACUAAUAGAUCAGUUUUUUUUAUUAUUGUUGUUUUAUUUUUUGUUUUUGGUAUGAUUUUUAAAAAAGCCCCGAAAGAGGCCUGUUUUGCACACCCUCUCAGGAAAAUUAUUUUCCCCCCUCCCUCCCUUUGGAAUUAAACCACAUAGUGCAUCGUUUUUUGUAUCCAUGUGUCUUUUUGUAGUCUAAUUUAGCACAGUACUUUCAAAAAGUAUAUUCAGUGUUUGUUUUUUUUUUUUUCUUUUUUUUUAUUAUUUUCUGUUUCUGUUUGUUAACUUAGCAUGUACUACCUUAUGUGUUAAAGGUAAAAAAAAAUCCGUUCUGUUUUGACGGAAAAGAAAAAAAAACAGUUUGUCUUGUGAAAAGCUGGCGUCAUGCUUGCCUGUUUCUGUGUGACUUGACCGUACCGUGUUUUACGAGGCAGCUCCGAGCUGCUGGGGUAGUUGCAGCGCUCCAUUGCCUACAUAGUUUCCUUCCUGGUUAAAGUAGUAGGCUAGCAAUAUACAUACUAUAUAUACUAUGAGAUAUCAUUAUUUUUUGUUAAACAGAAUUAAAAAAAAAAAAGAAAUGUUUGUGACUGUAUGCAUUUGUAUGAAUUAUUUUAAAUGAAAUAAAAGUCCAAAUUUAAUGA